CCAUCAAAAGGCACUCCUCAUCCUCAACCUCUCCCGCAUUUCCGAUUCUUGCAAUUUGGAAAGAAAUUCUAUGUCCAAACAGAGUUACAAAGUCUGCUUCUGCUGCCGCCGGGGCUUCAAGCUGGGCGUCUCGGAAGCGCCGGCCGAGGUCAAGACUCUUUUCGAACAGUACUCCGACAAUGGUUCCAUGAACGCCGCUCACCUCCAAAGGUUCUUGAUAGAGGUGCAGAAACAAGAGAAAGCCACCGAGGGGGAUGCGCAAACCAUCAUUGAUGGCCUAAAGCAUCUGAAUAUCUUUCAUCGGGGUGGCCUCCAUCUUGAUGGUUUCUUCGAGUACCUCUUCAGUGACGCUAACCAGCCGCUUUUACCUUCUCAAGGGGUGCACCAUGACAUGACUUUACCCUUGUCUCAUUAUUUCAUAUACACUGGCCAUAACUCCUACUUAACUGGGAAUCAGCUUAGCAGUGAUUGCAGUGAUGAACCCAUCAUACAUGCACUGAAGAGAGGUGUAAGGGUAAUCGAAUUGGACAUAUGGCCUAAUGCCACAAAGGAUAACGUGGACGUUCUUCAUGGAAGGACGCUGACUACUCCUGUGGAGCUCAUCAAAUGUUUGAGAUCCAUCAAGCAGUAUGCCUUUGAAGCGUCUGAAUAUCCAGUUGUGAUAACUCUAGAAGAUCACCUCACUCCAGAUCUUCAGGCUAAAGUGGCUGAGAUGGUCACUCAAACAUUUGGAGACAUACUAUUUUAUCCUGGUUCAGAGGUCUUGAAGGAAUUUCCUUCUCCUGAGUCGCUAAAGAAAAGGAUUAUCAUAUCAACCAAACCACCUAAGGAGUUCCUUCAGGCAAAAGAAGCAAAGGAGAAAGAGGAUGAAUCACAGAAGGGAAAGGCCUUAGGAGACGAAGAAGCGUGGGGGAAAGAGGUCCCAAGCCUGAAACGUGGGGCUAUAGCUGAUUACCAGGACAAUCAGGAUGAAGAUGAUGACGAGGACGAUCUUGAUGAAGCAGACAAGUCAAAUCAAAAUGCUGCUCCUGAAUAUAAGCGUUUAAUUGCCAUUCAUGCUGGUAAACCUAAAGGUGGAUUAGAUGAAUGUCUCAAAGUGGAUCCAGACAAGGUGAGACGUCUAAGCUUGAGUGAGCAACAGCUUGAAAAGGCUGCUGAAGCUCAUGGAAAGGACAUCGUCAGGUUUACUCAGCGUAAUAUAUUAAGGGUGUACCCGAAAGGCACUCGAAUUACCUCAUCAAAUUAUAACCCGCUGAUUGGGUGGAUGCAUGGAGCUCAAAUGGUUGCAUUUAACAUGCAGGGGCACGGCAGAUCACUUUGGUUGAUGCAAGGAAUGUUCAAAGCCAAUGGCGGAUGUGGUUACGUUAAAAAACCCGAUUUUCUAUUAAAGACUGGUCCGAAUAAUGAGGUCUUCGAUCCUAAAGCUGAGUUGCCUGUGAAGACUACUUUGAAGGUGACUGUAUACAUGGGGGAAGGAUGGUAUAUUGAUUUCCCCCAUACACAUUUUGAUCAGUUCUCACCUCCAGACUUCUACGCAAGGGUGGGGAUUGCUGGAGUCCCUGCUGAUAAUGUCAUGAGAAAAACAAAGACAAUAGAGGACAGUUGGUUACCUUCUUGGAAUGAAGUGUUCGAGUUCCCCCUUACUGUUCCAGAAUUAGCUGUGCUUCGCAUAGAAGUUCAUGAGUAUGACAUGUCAGAGAAGGAUGACUUUGGGGGGCAAACAUGCCUCCCUGUUUCAGAGCUAAGAAGUGGAAUUCGGGCAGUUCCACUGUGUAGCCGCAAGGGAGAUAAGUACAACUCUGUAAAGCUUUUUAUGCGCUUUGAAUUUUGUUGACAUUGUGCAGACAUUUAAAGGUUCCAUUAGUUGAGAGUUUGUUUUGUAAGUAUUGCUGCGUGAUGUGAAUAAUUCUGUUGAGGGAUGCUCUAAGAUGUGUGUAUGAUUUGAUUGCCUGUUUUUUUUUUUUUGGGGGGGGGGUGUUGAAGAGUUGGCUUUGUGUUGUAAGGCUUUUUAACACACACACACCACACAAAAUAUCUCAAGCAAGAUUUUUAUGGGGUGCUUCAAUUCCUUACCAUAUGAAUUGUUAGUUUGCAUUCGCACA